UUGUGGUCCUCGUCAUCUUGCACAGCGACCACGACUACUUCUUCACCGUCGCCGACGACGAACACGACCUUACGCUUCUUCACCGUUUAUAACUCUCCGCGUUCCUUCCCUCUGCUACUACUCGUCUAUUUACUGCGUUCUUCCCUCUGACUUUGCACUCGUUCGAUCGUUCAAGAGCUUGCUCUUGCUUUCCGGCACACUGGUUUCGACAAUCGUGCAUUAUCCUCAGCCAAAUGCGAUGUACUACCCUCAACAGUCACCAGGCAUACCAAAGCUGGCUGGUCACCAACACCCAGGGCAAGUACACGACCAGUCACCGUGGGCUCGUACUGGACACCAUCCAGUGCUUGGACCACCAAACCAUGCUCAGGUUCCUACGUCCCCUGCAUACCCCCUCUUCCAACCCCAUAGCGCAAUGAAUACGCUCCAGCAUCAUGCUCACCCUCACAUGCCGGGACCAUUGACCCACCACCAUCACCAGAAUUCCCUUUCACAUCCACAUUAUCAAUCUCCACCAAACGGAAACGGCAUGCAAGGGGGGAUCGUCCAGACCGGGUCUCCAGGGAAUGGUGUUGCAAUGCCACCUAUUACUCCUCACUGGCAGAAUCAGUUGAUGAAGUGCGAGAUGGUCAGGGCUUCAAGAUCGCCUCAUCAUCGUGCUAGAGCAAGUGCUAUGGCUGCUCGUACAGUUCAAAAGGCGGCUAUCCCGAUCCAGAACCCAAAUGCGGUCAAGCCUGCGGAGACGAAUGGUACACCAAAGGAGGGCGAGUCAGAAUCACCGGCAACUCCAUCAAACGCUACUGGUUCAUCACCAAGCGUAGCAGGUGCAGUAGCCGUCAGCCACCCCUCAUCGACAGUCGCACCCAUUGCCGAGGCACCGAGACCUACCGCCCCCAAACCUCCAGAAAACACCUGGAACUCGCUAGAUAUGGGUGGCGUACACAUCAGAAACAUUCCCUCCACAUCUGGCUUAUUCACAUUCACAUUCCUCAUCAACCUCUACCUCAACCACAAUGCAUUGAUUAGCAUACCUCCUGAGAUCACACGACUACGACAUCUGGAGUUACUCGAUCUUUCAGGCAAUAACAUUGCUUCUGUACCCCCCGAGCUUGGUAUGCUCACGUCGCUGAAGGAGUUGUAUAUGUUCGAUAAUCAAAUUACGACACUUCCGCCCGAGCUUGGCAGUCUGCACCAGCUGCGGACGCUGGGUAUCGAAGGAAACCCUCUGGAUCAGUCUUUAAAAAGUAUGAUUCAAGAACAGGGCACACCCUCGCUCAUCGCCUACUUACGAGAUUCAUGUCCUGCACCCGUUCCUCCUCCGCCUCGUACUUGGCAACAUGCAGUUACACAAGUGGAGCGAGAAGCCAUGCAGAAUGACCCGAAUGUGGAAACAUUCAGCGUCUUAUGUUAUAACAUCCUUUGUGAGAAGGCCGCAACGGAGCGAAUGUAUGGGUACACGCCCUCGUGGGCGCUCGCAUGGAAGUACCGGAAGGAUCUUAUCCUGGAGGAAGUGAAGAGUCGUGAUGCCGACUUUGUCUGUUUGCAAGAGGUGGAUAGUUCUCAGUACGAAGAAUUCUUCCUGGAGCACUUGUCAGAUCAGGAGUAUGAGGGCGUAUAUUGGCCGAAGUCGAGGUAUAAGACGAUGAGUGAUGCGGAUCGACGGAUGGUGGACGGUUGCGCUAUUUUCUAUAAGCGUAACAAGUAUACGCUCGUAGAGAAGCAACUCAUCGAAUUCAGCACCGUCGCAAUGCAGCGUUCCGAUUUCAAGAAGACGGACGACAUGUUCAACCGUGUCUUAGGCAAAGACCAUAUCGCCGUUGUCUGCCUUUUCGAGAACAAGGAAACCGGCACUCGGCUAGUCAUCGUCAAUGCACACAUACACUGGGACCCACAAUACCGAGAUGUUAAGCUGGUCCAAGUGGCUCUUUUGAUCGAGGAAGUCGAGAAGAUUGCCGAUAGCUUCGCGAGAUAUCCACCACGUCUCAUGCUCCCAUCAGCCGCUUCUACCGCGAACGGAACUUCAGCGGAAGAGAAGAAUGCUUCAUCAAGACCACCACCAACAUACGCCGAUGGCACCAAAAUCCCUUUGAUCGUCUGUGGUGACUUCAACUCCAUACUUGACAGCGGAGUAUACGAGUUCUUAUCGACGGGGACCGUGCCAUCGAAUCAUCCUGACUUCAUGUCUCACAAGUACGGAAAGUAUACGUCGGAUGGCUUGAGGCAUCGGUUAGGGUUGAAGAGCGCAUAUUCUGUUGCGGGGGAGCUGCCGUUAACGAAUUUCACGCCAAGUUUCCAGGGUGUCAUCGAUUACAUCUGGUACUCGACGUCAAACUUGGCUGUGAAUUCAGUACUUGGAGAGGUUGACAAGUCGUAUCUGUCGAAGGUUGUCGGAUUCCCGAAUGCCCAUUUCCCUUCAGAUCACUUGUGCAUAGUUGGCGAGUUCCGUGUCAAGCCUCCGAAGGAACCACAACCUCCUCGACCUCCGCCAGUCUUCCCCGACUCAUCUCGGUGAUUGUUCCUGAGUAUCAUGGAAUGCCUUCCACAUACUCUACCUCCUGCAUAUUCUUCUUCACAUUGAACGUUGUCUAUAUUUUCGCAUUUAUUUAAACUUGUAAAUAGAUCCGUCUUCUUGUACCAAACAUUGUUUAUUUCUUCACCGUUCUCCACUCACUGCACUUGUGGAAUACACCUCCUUUUUAUCGCCUAUAUUCUAGUCUUUCAUUUUGUGUGUCUCUCGGUCGCUCCCCCCGUUUGUGUCUCUGCUCAAGCAAUUGUGUUUUUGGUCAAGUUUCCUCGUCGUCUUGGUCGUGUUUUGCCAUAUCUCCCACCUCUUAUUUGUCAACGUUCAUUACCAACUGCAAAAUCUGUAGCAUGUGCGUGUACGUCUGUUCAAUAUAAUUUCCAUUCAAACUCUC